GACUGCCGCUAAAACAGGCAUUGAUGAUGCUGAAUUUUGAGCUGAAAUGGAGACGAACUAUAUCGGGGAGAUGAAACCGAAAAGGCGCUCAACAUUCUCACCCGCAAGUGUGGAAACAACGCUCAAAUCGCCACGUCCGAAAAGAAAGAGAUUAGACUCGCUGACACCGAUUCGUCGCAAGUCUUCCAAUAGCAGUGAGGAUGUCAAGCCGCCUCCAGAAUUUAUACCAUUCCCAUACGAAAAACAUUGUGCGAAGUUUUGUGACCUGCUUGGAAAGAAUGCUGAGGAUUUUCAUCUUGAGAAGGAUGAUUUGCUCCUCCUGCAGCAUGAGCUGGAAAAGAUGUUGGCUCACUCGGCUGACUACCUGAGAAGAGCCCAUGGCGAAGUAAUCUACCUCAACACUGGCGAGUAUCCUGUCCAAGAUCUUAGAACUAGGCCCAUGCCAUCAUACAAACUUCGCGAAGCUCUUCCGUUGUCGUCCUCCACUGCUCAAGAGAUACAAGAGACUCUCUGCGGUCUUCCUGAAGAUGACACCGAAGAUAAUGUAGAUAUCUGGCCUCCGCCCCAUAUACCGCAGAGGUUUUGGACAUGGUGCAAGGCUGAUUUUUUGACUCCCAUCGAUGCUGAUUACCUCAGAAGUUUCAAAGAGCAUCUGCUGGAUAAGUAUAGCGCCGAGAAACUCAAACAGUACUACGUUAAUGAACCGUGGAAAUAUCGCAAACGUCAGCGAUCACGAAUUGCUUCUGGUGAUACAGCCAGUGUACGGACGAGAAGGAAGUCUAGCUUAGACACCACUCCGUUCGAGAAGAAGACAGAGCCGAGGAAAGAGAAGGAUGAAAAGAGAGCCUCUCUGUCAUCCAUGCGCACUCCUCGUAUACCCGAUACCAAAUUGGCACCGCUUAUAAGCGAUGUUGUGUCGGCGGCUAGUCGAGAAACUUUGCGGAAAGAUGAUUUCACAACACCUCCUUCUCGGCGUCUUUCCUUACGGCUCCACUCUCGUGAUGAUGGCGAAGUGGAAAGAAAAAUUUCCAUCAAAAGCGAACCGUCUGAUCUCGGCGGACUUGUUGGUGGACAGGAUCAGAGCAAGGAUGAGGGAAUGUCUGUUGACGUGCAUUCUAAUGGCUUCUUGUCACGUUCGCCGAUGAGUUCUCGGUUGUGUUCACCUCGUAUCAAGAAAGAAUCCAGGGAAGAAGAAGAUUGGGAUGCUCCCGGUCCCAGUUGCUCGUCCAAUCCCCCUAAUGGAAGGUACAAUGGAGAGCAUAAAGGGAAGCUAAGACGCAAUGGAGAGACGAAACGGGAGAAUGGUGUUCACAGAAACUCACCGUCAAAACUUCUGUCGCCUUCAUCAUCUGCGCAGUCUAAUGUUUCCGAAGAGAGUGAGAUUGAAAGGCAUUACCGAGAAAUUGGUAGCCGCAUUGUUAAGAUGCUGGUUGAAAGAGGUUUGAUACCAUCAUCAACUGAACACGUUUAUCGUGAAAUCGCAACGGGCUCAGUGGAACGUGAUCUAGCUGUGAGUCACGAAGGAAAAGAAGAUGACGAUGAAUCAGAUCUGGACGAAGUCUCGGAGGAGCUUCUACGUUGCCAGAUGGAAUUGCAAGAGUUAGAGCCACGGUUGCGAGGGGUUAUAUCCCAUUGUUGGAGUAAAGUCCGUGGAGAUUUCGCUUACUGGGAGACAGCCAGACAGUUGGAUGAUGCCGAUACUGACCUGCUGCGUCUUGGAGUGAACAUGUAUCGAGAUCUUCCUGUUCGUCGUGUGCCGACAAGUACUGAGUUGCCUACACUGCGCACAGCUCUACGGAGACGCAAUCGCAAAGCUCGUCUACAUUACGGUUGCAUGUACAAAAGACUACGAAAAUAUCGCAAAAAUCCAAAUAGUGAGUAGAGCUAUAAAAAAAUGUUUGCUUUGUUAGAUUGUAUCACUUAUGAUUUGUGCGCUUGUAGGAAUGUUCUCAUUUCAUUUACAUUAUUUAUUCGUUGAUAUUCUUAUCACCACCAUUCUAAAUUACUUUUUUGGUUAAUAGUAUUGUUCUUCCUUACGGUUCUGCCAGAACGAGUUUGUUUAGUUCUUAUUUGCUCCAAAUACUUUCUUGUCAUUUUCAACUUACGGGCCUACCACAAGGUGGAAGCCGUUCUCAUAAAGGUUAUAUAGUCGCACUCCAAAAUAUGCCCGAGCCAGCAGUUUUUUUUUUCCGUCUGUCUAUUGUGGGAAACUCCUAUGGAGUCCUGGAAAGUUUGAAGCAAGCAUUAGCAGAAAUGUUCUGUUCUUAUUCCCUGCUGCGAUGUUAGGCUCAUAAAUUAUGAACAUUGAAGGUGUUCGUGCCAAGUAGUCAUAAAGAAAAGUUUACCGCCUUUCCAUGUGAACGUUGUUUUUGUAAUUUAGUUGUCUUUUUUAUUUAGUUCUUUCCACUUUUAUAGUGAGGCAAAGAUAUCAUUGCUUUUCUCUAACUUUCGUUCUUGGCUGCACACGUGACGGAUCUCCAUGCUACAACUCUGUUCUCGGUUUAUAGGCUCCAUUUGUUUAUUCGAGCUUAGGCCUUGCAAUGCGCAAUAGGCCGAACUUCAUGCGAAAAUCCCAUUUUCACGACCCAGUCCUCUAUUUUGUCAUCUCUGUAAAAUUACUCUAAUAUAUAACGUAAGUCCUUGAACGUCUUUUACAAUUGUUUCUUGUUUGUCGGUCAUCAAAUGGGCUCAUUCUUUCUUAAUGACCUCGUUAUAUGUAUAAUAAUGCUAUCACUUCGGUCUGUCAUGUACCCUUUCUUGUGAUUAACCUUAUUUUUUCCUGUUUAGCAGAUUACUUGCAGUAAUUUACUUGCUGCACGUAUAGGUGCUGAUCUCUGUUGUAAACAUUAUUGUAAUGAGUAGAUAUGUUAUGAUGUCAGUUAGUAAUUGGCGCUUGUAUCUGUACAUAGUAAUAACGUUUAUACCUUUGGAUGGUCCUUGA